AUGCAGCGCCAGCUGCUAGCGUGUCUCAAGGAUAAGGACGAGCUUCAACACCGCAUCAACGCUGCUGAGGCGGUGCGAGGCUCAGAGCCUUGUGAGAGUGAACAGGCCUCCGUUCUGAUUCGUGCAGCCUUCGAGGACAAACAACAGCAUGAGCAAGAGCGUGUGGCCUAG